GCGCGGCCCGCCCCGGGCGCGGGCGGAGGGGAGAAGGAGGGGCGCGCGCGGCGGGCAGCCCGCAGAAGCCGGGAGCCGCGCAGGAGAACGGAGCGCCAGCCGCCGCCCGGCCGAGCGGAUCUGAUUUGUAUCCACUGUGAUCAACACUCUGAAUUAGGACUUUCCAGAUCCUGACCCAGGACUGCAGAGUAACCAGAUUCCUCACAAGAAGGACACUGAUUUUGGAUUCCUUGGUGGAGGAACACAAAACCCUCUGGUCUUGCUGCCAACGAUGCAAGUGUGAUUGCUGGCAUCUUCAUGGGCUCCAGAGGUCACAGCACGCUCCCACGGACUCUCAUGGCCCCUCGGAUGAUUUCUGAGGGAGACAUAGGAGGCAUCGCUCAAAUUACCUCCUCUCUCUUCCUGGGCAGAGGCAGUGUGGCCUCCAACCGGCACCUCCUCCAAGCUCGUGGCAUCACCUGCAUCGUUAAUGCUACCAUUGAGAUCCCCAAUUUCAACUGGCCCCAAUUUGAAUAUGUUAAAGUGCCUCUGGCUGACAUGCCCCAUGCCCCCAUUGGACUGUACUUUGACACUGUGGCCGACAAGAUCCACAGUGUGAGCAGGAAGCAUGGGGCCACGUUGGUGCACUGUGCCGCGGGGGUGAGCCGCUCGGCCACUCUCUGCAUCGCUUACCUGAUGAAAUUCCACAGUGUGUGCCUGCUGGAGGCGUACAACUGGGUGAAAGCCCGUAGGCCUGUCAUCAGGCCCAACGUAGGUUUCUGGAGGCAGUUGAUAGACUACGAGCGCCAGCUCUUUGGGAAGUCGACAGUUAAAAUGGUACAGACACCUUAUGGCAUAGUUCCAGACGUUUAUGAGAAAGAGUCCCGACACCUGAUGCCUUACUGGGGGAUAUAAUGCCACCAAAGCCUGCAUCAGCAGCCCCUUGAGCAGUACCAGCAUCUGCUACACACCGUCUGUUCCCCUCUUCACCUUUCUUUUCAAAUGGUUGACUCCUGGCUCUCCCUGAAGUGUUUUUUACACUGGGUGUUCAGGUUUAUUUUAAAAGAUGGGGGGUGGGGGGGAGGAACAUAAGGGGAAUGCAUACAUUGCUAGUAACAUUUUUAAAACUAACAUUUUGGAAUAGUGUUUAUGAAAAUCUUUAACUGGCUUUUAAUCAUUUUUAACAAUUUGAACAGUUUAAUAAACUGUUUGGUUCUGCUAUAUUCUGAAUCCCAUGCCUUUAGGCAUCAUGGCAGGUGCCAGAGGAGCUCAGUGCAAAAAUCACUUUGGGUCCUGAUUAACCCUUUAGAGACAAGCUUUGCCCAAGGCUGCUGACCACACAAAUGCUUAGGGAAGAUUGAUACCAGCUUCAGUCUCUACUGGAUUAGCCCUACUCUUUCCUUUCCUAUUUAGUGACUCUGUAAGUUAAAAAACAAAAACAAACAAAAAAAAAACCUUUGUUAUCUAGUUGUUAAGUAAUUAUAAUGAAAUCUGCUGCAAACACCCUCUUGGAAUCAUUGUGCCCCAGGACUACAUUAGCAUUAUUUUUAAUAAAUAUAUCUGCAUAACCUAUUAGAAUUUUUA